UGGGAUUCCAUGCAUGCUGCAAAGCGGGUCGACCACUACAAUCUCCCAUUUGCCAAGACGUGGUAAGAGAUAGCAAGCACAUCUCAGCCGCUGUAACCAAGAGCGCCAACCAGAGUAAUUUGAGCAAUAUGUCGUCUCUCACUGACGCUUUUCGAAUAUAAAAUGGCUGUCCCAUCCGUGUUUCCUGGUCCAUUCAUUCUUCUCAUCCUCCAAUUUUCACACAUUCUAAUUGUUUCCUAUCAGAUUCCUGACAACUUCGUCCAUCAUCAAUAUGAAGGCUGCUUUUAUUAUUUCCGCCCUGGGACUGGCCCAGUCCGCCAUCGCUACCGGCAACGCAGGACCCUAUAACUCGGUGUACGAGCAGUAUUGCGGUCAUGGCCAGAAACAGGGUACAAUCACCGUUGGCCAGUCCGUGUUCAACUACGUCUGUGACACUGGAAACAAUGCCAUCAGCAAGGGCCCGGUUCCGGCUGCUUCGCUUGAAGCUUGCGCCAACCUCUGUAACAAUGACUCCUGUGACCAGGCCGUCUGGUUCCGCGAUAACGGGAAUUGCUGGGUCAGCGUCACGGGGUCUCCCAUCACUGUGUCUGGCCAAAUCGCUAUCACCAGGGACCCGACCGCGACGCCUAAUCAGUGCCACUCAGUGGCUCCAGUCUGCAACAACCCAAAUACCCGACAGAUGACCGAGGUGAAUGGUCAGGGUUGGUUCCUGGCAUGUGGUACACGAUUUGGCGUCGUAAGGCCCAAUCAAACUGGUAGAGUGGAUAGCCUAGAGAGCUGUAUUGAGACCUGCAAUCAACGGUACGGCUGCCGGAGUGUCAUGUGGAACCGCAUCGAUAAGUAUUGUUAUGUUGGCGACAAGAACGGACUGCAGGGCGAGGUGACGCAGAAUGCCAACAUCGACGCUGCCAUCAAGAUUGAGUAGGUGGGGGGAUAAAUGAUGGUGUGUCUGAUCCUGCCAGUGUGUUGAGUUAUGGA